GUCGGAUCAAUAAUUCUGUGACUUCAUCGUUUCACGUCGUUGCUAGCCAUCACAACUGGUACAACAGCAAAUGCAAAGUAUUCCUAGUAAUAAAAAAGAGAGACAGCAUUGAACACGCUGCUGCAUCGUUUUUUAUUCAAUUUGUUCUUUCCCCACCCGCCCCCGGUGCAGCGUUGAUUACGAUCGGGUUUGUGGCGAGAACGGACAUCCUUAGAGCACCGUUUUUUUUCUUUAGAGCCCUUUGUCGAGUUUUCCUUCAACGAUACAGCUAUUUUUUUUUCCCUUCUCAUCUGAGCAUCUUUGUGCUCACCUUUCGUGGUUGUUUCCAUAGAGCUGAAUCGGCUACAUAAAAUGGACUUCUACAUCAUCGAACGCCUCGGCGGUGCGUGCCGGUGCGUGACACUCUUCACCUUUGCGAUCCACUUCCUGCACGCGCUGUUCAGCGUGGUGAACUACCUGGCCUGGGUGCGCCAAGAUACGUCCCAUGUCGCGCCAAGCACGAAGCACGCCUACCUGGCCAUGACGGUUGUGUGCUGCGUCUUCUACUUCUUUGGGGCCUCCGUGUUUUACAUGUGGGCCUGGCGAUUUCCCGAGCCGGAGGAAAUCGCGAAACGGCGGCGCGUCUACGGCGUCAUAAUUAACGCCAUUUUCUGCGACAUCCCCAUGUUUGUCGUGGAGACCACCCUCGUCUGGAGCCUGCGUUUUGCGGCGGCUAUUCAGGGCUUCACCUACGUCCUCACCUGUAUCUCGCUCUGUUACUCCUUACUGCGCGUUUGGUUCUUCUUCAUGGUGCGCGUUAUCAAAUUUCGCCCUCCCAGCGCGGCGCGUCUUGGAGCUAAUUAUCCUGCCCUGUCCAGUGUAGUCCGCCGAGACCUUGACGAGGCGGAGUACAACAACAGAGCCACUGGCAUGCGGGGAAACACGCCGGACAGGAGGGGCGGCAGCGAGAAUGAUCGCGCGUUUCUGUCUGACAUGAACGAGAUGGGCGUGGGGAACACCAUUUUGCUGAACCGCAAUGCUGCACACUAUAGCGACGACGCCGCCAGCAGUGGCAUGUGUACGCCAGCCGGGCCAGACCGGGUCAAUCGCGGUGAGGCGUACUAUGGCCCCUCUUCUCGCUACGUUCUUCAAUCGGAGAGGUUCAAUGACGUAGAGGAGCAGCCGAGACAAGGGUAUUAUGGCCGCGCUAGCGAAAAUAUGGAUCAACCAGGCCUGCCUUUUCGCAUUUAG